GCAGAGUGACAUUGAAACCACGAACAACGUUUUCUGACUUUUGAAUCAGUUUGAAGUGUUCUAAGUUUUCUUCCAAGGGAAUUGCUCCCAGACUUUGACUUUCCAGAUUUGUUCGACAUAAGACAUUCAGGGACGAGAUGAGGAUACUAUUCAUCAGCUUUGCCAUCUUCUGUCUGUGGCUUCUACCAAUGGUGCAGGAGGAGGAUGCUGGGAAGACCUUGGACUAUCUGAACCUCGAUCCAAAUGUUGACAACACCUCACAGCCCCUUACCUACGGAAUAGGAAGGAGGGGGAAAGAAGGAAACCUUGGAGCUGCAAUGAAAGUCAAACACCUUUCCAAAGAUGUAUCCACCAAGCCUAAGGCCUUCAGCUAUAGCUCUGUGGGCCCAUAUGGCUGGUCACAGAGCCUCUCCCUCCCCUUGGAUCAGUCACAGUUUGGCUCCAAAUCCAAGCCCCCCAUAAAAACACCUAUCAAGGUCAAGAAGACCUUUGGGUGGGGCAACUUCUACCUCAACAUCAAAACCAUCAAGUUCAGCCUGCUGGUGACAGGUAAGAUAGUGGACCACAUCAACGGCACCUUCAGUGUGUACUUCCGCCACAACUCGUCCCGUCUGGGGAAUAUCUCAGUGAGCAUCGUUCCUCCCUCCAAAGCCGUGGAAUGGGAGGAUGCGGGACGCCCGAAACUCCACUUCCAGAGUCAGCCGCAGUCCACCCCCAAUGAGCACCGGCAGGAGAUGAAGGCCCUCAACUGCGUGGUGGAGUACCAGAGGACCAACAGAGCCAAGAAAACAAAGCCAUGCCUCUACGAUCCCUCCCAGACCUGCUACUCAGAACACACCCAGUCUCACGCCACUUGGAUCUGUGCCAAGCCCUUCAAGGUCAUCUGUGUAUUCAUCUUUUUUCUCAGCGCCGACUACAAACUGGCACAGAAGGUCUGUCCAGACUACAACUUCCAGGCUGAUCUCCAGCACUUUGGAAGACGAGGAUAGUGGAUGAACUAGGCGGGUUAUUAAAGCAUGUUUUCCUUCAUCUCCUAUAUCAUUGGAGAAAGGGGUUUGUUUUG